UUGGUUCCUAUGUUCGAAAGUUACAAAAACACCAGCCAGUCGCGCAAUAAACCGAAAGCUAUACAUAUUACUUAUACGUGGGAUAUUCAUCCCGUUUCCGUAGGAUUCCAUUUGUCCCGAUCAAGCCACUGCCAACAAUUUUUAACGUAGGCCUUGAUGUAAUUGUUCCAAGUAGUUUCAUAUUCAAAUUUACUUUCACUGAGUCGGUCGCAACAAUUUCUUUUUCCAAAAAUGUCGAACAAUCAAAUUUUUUCUUUUCUGAUUUUCGCUCUUUAUCUGUUCACCACAUGUGCUACAUUUAAUAAAGACCUUGUAAUGUGUGGAGACUGCACUGAGGAGAAUGAGGGCACUUGCGAAAUUGAUAGUGAGCCGGGAUACUAUGUUCAGCCAGACAUUUGGUCUCGAUCCAAAGAUCUGAGAUCUGCAUAUCCGCCAACAACCGCUAACUUGGACGUGUGCAUACCUAGCGAUAUGAAAAUCAAUGCAAAAGAUGGUUCAUUCAAAUAUAUAUGUGUUUGGUCACGAGAACUUGGCUGUCAAGUUAUAACUCCUAAGACCGAUACCGAAGUUGUCUGUGCGAUGUGCCAAACCGGUGAAACUGUAAAUUGUCCGUGCAAGGGAAUCCCACAGAACGGAAAGAAAGGCAAGGACAAGAAUAAAUCGGGAUCAAGGCAACUCUACACCGGAUCUCUUCAUAUUAUAGUUGUUGCGGCGGUAUUGGUACUUGUUGGACUGAAGCAAAGUGGCUUUAGAUACGACUUAUAAAACACUGCCUUU